GCUGCACAACCGCCAUCACUGAUCUCUGUCUCUCUUCGUAAUUCGUCGCCGAGUUCAAAUCAGAAAGGGGGCGGAGCCAUGCUUGAAUGCUGAAAGAUGGCAAAAGCAGCUCCCGGAAAGCAUAGAACAACAAAAUUCGUUUUCGUUUUGCUGGGGUUAUUAGCCCUCUUUCUCAUUGUAGAUCUGCUCUGGGCUUCAUCCUCUUCACCUUCUUCCAAUUGGACUGUACCAGAUUCCACAAAUAUCAUCGUUCCCCGACCUGUUCACCACAACAUUUCUACUCCGCUUAAGGAAAAGCAUAAGAAAGACAACAAGGAUGGUGUCUCUGGGAGGGUAUUAUCAGCAACUUUUGCUGAUUUAGAUGCUCCAGAGUUGAACUGGGAGAAGAUGGCAACAGCACCGGUGCCUCGUCUUGAUGGUGCGGCAAUACAGAUCAAGAAUCUUCUUUAUGUAUUUGCUGGAUAUGGAACCAUUGAUUAUGUGCAUUCUCAUGUUGACAUAUACAAUUUCACUGAUAACACUUGGGGGGAAAGGUUUGACAUGCCAAAGGAAAUGGCGCAUUCACAUUUAGGGAUGGUAACAGAUGGAAGAUACAUUUAUGUGGUGACCGGACAAUAUGGUCCUCAAUGUAGAGGGCCAACUGCUCACACAUUCGUACUGGACACAGAGACAAAGCAGUGGCAGGAUAUGCCACCUUUACCUGUUCCACGGUAUGCACCUGCCACCCAACUUUGGAGAGGCCGACUCCACGUGAUGGGCGGCAGCAAAGAGGACAGGGGUACACCUGGAGUAGAGCAUUGGAGUGUUGCUGUCAGGGACGGCAAAGUUUUAGAAAAUGAAUGGCGAACUGAAAUUCCCAUUCCUCGUGGUGGACCUCACAGGGCUUGUGUUGUGUUCAAUGACCGUCUGUAUACUUUUGGCGGUCAAGAGGGUGAUUUCAUGGCUAAACCUGGAUCUCCAAUUUUUAAAUGCUCUCGCCGGAAUGAGGUUGUAUAUGGCGAUGUCUACAUGCUAGAUGAUGAUAUGAAGUGGAAAGUGUUAAAUUCUAUGCCAAAGCCAGAUUCUCAUAUUGAGUUUGCUUGGGCAAUUGUUAAUAGUUCUCUAAUCAUUGUCGGAGGUACCACGGAGAAGCAUCCUGUAACCAAAAAGAUGAUUUUGGUCGGAGAAAUAUUCAGAUUUGAAUUUGAUACCCAGAAAUGGUCAGUGAUUGGAAAGCUCCCUUACCGUGUCAAAACUACUCUAGUCGGGUUUUGGAAUGGGAUGUUGUAUUUUACCUCAGGGCAACGAGACAGAGGCCCGGACGACCCAGCGCCAAAGAAGGUCCUUGGAGAGAUGUGGAGAACAAAGCUAUUGUUAUGAGCAAUUUUGUUUGUGGUGUAUUACUACGGAUUAUUUGCCCUUGGAUGAAUAUUGUAAUCAAUUUUUAAUAGCCAAUUCUUUAUUGUCAA